GUAAAUUCCUCCCUGCACUAGUUUGCAGCAGCAGCAACCGGGUCCGAGGCGGAGAUCCCAGUGCCCAGUGAGAGGCAACUGAACUGAGAGUGGUGCAUUUUGGUUGGUACCUUCUAGUCUAGAGAGAUAUAGCGAACUUUGUGUUUAUAAUUCAUGGAGGACCAAGAAACCAGUGGACAUCGUUGUUGAUCUGAGUUACUGAGACCGAGAAUCCCAAAACGAUGCCUCGAGUGAUCUCGGUUUUGGUCCAGCCGCGGUGCCUCCUCGUCCUUUUCCUGGUCCUCUUUAUUUUCUUAUUCUUUGCGUACUCGAACCCCAAAAAGGUUGAAGAGAAAGCAGAGGAGGUGCCUGAAAUUACCCACAGAGUUUACAUGGAUGUUGAUAUUGAUGGACAACGUCAAGGUAGGAUUGUGAUUGGAUUAUAUGGCCAAGUUGUACCAAAAACUGUUGAAAAUUUUAGGGCUUUGUGCACAGGGGAGAAAGGCAAGGGUGCCAGUGGAAAAAGACUCCACUAUAAAGGAACACCAUUUCAUCGAAUAGUCUCUGGGUUCAUGAUUCAAGGUGGAGAUAUUGUUUAUGGUGAUGGUCGGGGGUAUGAAUCUAUAUAUGGUGUCACCUUUCCAGACGAGAAUUUCAAGAUAAAACAUUCGCAUGCAGGUGUUGUUUCCAUGGUGAAUUCAGGGCCUGAUUCCAAUGGGUCUCAGUUUUUCAUCACUACAGUUAAAGCCAGCUGGUUGGAUGGGGAGCAUGUAGUCUUUGGCAAGGUUAUUCAAGGCAUGGACACGGUGUUUGCAAUUGAAGGUGGGGCAGGAACGUACAGUGGGAAGCCUCGAAAGAAGGUUGUUAUUGCCGACUCUGGAGAGAUACCCAAGAGCCGGUGGGAUGAAGAAAGAUAAGUAGACGACUGCAAGUUUUUCCCUUUUGGAGUUUGCAAUUCUGAUUUACAUAAUUGAUUCACAUUCUCUUCCCUUUGUAACAUGUCUGUGAAAUUUUACCAGUCUUCCCAGAUCUGACCGCCUUCUUGGAAAUCUUGUAUUUGACCAAAUUUUAUUAACACAAGCAUGUUUGUUGUAGAGGAAA